AUGGAGCUGGAAGCGCUGCGCUCUAUCUACGAGGGAGAUCUGUGCUUCAGGGAGCUUAGCCCGGUUUCCUUCCAGUACAGGAUAGGUGAAAGUGGAGAUCCUAAAGCCUUUCUAAUAGAAGUUUCUUGGCCUGAAACAUAUCCACAAACAGCACCAGUCAUAUCAAUGGAUGCUUUCUUCAACAACACAAUAUCUUCAGCUAUUAAACAAAGUAUAUUGGAUAAGUUAAUGGUAGAAGUUGAAGCAAAUCUUGGAACUGCUAUGACAUAUACACUUUUUGAAUAUGCCAAAGAUAAUAAAGAGUUGUUCAUGGAAAAUCAGCCUGUUAACACUGUGACUUCAGUAAGCAAUAGUAUUGCAAUUGGAACUCCUGAUGUGCCAGCAAGUAAGAAAAAAGAUAAAAAGGAGCAGUUAUCCAAAACCCAGAAACGAAAACUAGCCGAUAAAACAGAUAACAAAGGGGAGCUUCCACGAGGAUGGAACUGGGUGGAUGUAAUUAAGCAUUUAAGCAAAACUGGUUCUAAAGAUGAUGAAUAAAGGACUUUGGUACAAGGAAACUCCACCUUUUAAUACAGUACAAUUUUGGGUCACCAUCUUUCUCUUAAUAACUUUCGUAUUUGUUGAAGUAAACAUUUUAUAAAGCUCAAUUUCCUAACUCGCAAACCUAGUCACACAAGUUUAUCUAGAGACUAUGUGGUCUUCUUUGGGGAAAAAAAAAAAAACAAACUUGCCUUAAAUGAAGGUUAGAAUGUGGCAAAGGAUACAGAGAGCCAAUGUGGUGAAUAGUGCUAUAUGCAGUGUUUAUUAAUUUAUAUUUUACUCUGUAGUAAAAUCCUGUUAUAGUGAACCCGAUGAUACUGUAAACAUUUCCUGAUGUUCUUAUUCGAACUGAAGAAAAAAGCACUAUAACAGUGAUUGGUCACUUGACAGCAUAAUUAAAAAUAAAUUAUUCCAUGGAAACAAGACCUUUGUCAUUUGUUUAUCUAAUAUGAAUGUGGAAGGAGAACAUAAAAAUUGUUACAUUGCAAUACAGCCUAGAGCUUGUGCUCCCGUUUUCACUAGUUACUGGCUGAAAUAGUAAAUACUAGAGAAAGCAAGGCCAAAUAUUCUAGUCUGUUCAAAAACGAGUGGUUACAGCAGGAGUAUGUCUUCUUUAUUCCCUGUGGUAUCCAUCUAUUAGUCUUUCUACAGUAUGCAUCUUACAGA